GCAGGACAGGUCUGUGGGUUCUUAGAUUCUGGAAAAAAUGGACAGUCAAGGAAGGAAAGUAGUGGUCUGUGACAAUGGAACCGGGUUUGUCAAGUGUGGCUAUGCUGGCUCCAACUUCCCAGAACACAUCUUUCCCGCCCUGGUGGGGCGGCCAAUCAUUCGCUCCACGGCAAAAGUGGGCAACAUCGAGAUCAAGAAUUCCAAAAAGAUGGACCUGAUGGUGGGUGAUGAGGCCAGCGAGCUGAGGUCGAUGCUGGAGGUGAACUACCCGAUGGAGAACGGCAUCGUCAGGAACUGGGACGACAUGAAGCACCUGUGGGACUACACCUUCGGCCCAGAGAAGCUCAACAUCGACUCCCGCAACUGCAAAAUCCUCCUCACCGAACCCCCCAUGAACCCUACCAAGAACCGCGAAAAGAUCAUCGAGGUGAUGUUUGAAACAUAUCAGUUCUCAGGUGUUUACAUAGCCAUCCAGGCUGUUCUCACUCUUUAUGCUCAAGGUCUGCUGACGGGCGUGGUCGUUGAUUCGGGCGACGGUGUCACUCACAUCUGUCCUGUGUACGAGGGCUUCUCUCUGCCACAUCUGACCAGGCGGCUAGACAUAGCUGGGAGAGACAUCACGCGCUACCUCAUCAAGCUGUUGUUGUUGAGGGGCUAUGCCUUUAACCACUCGGCAGACUUUGAGACAGUGAGGAUGAUGAAGGAGAAGCUGUGUUAUGUGGGCUACAACAUCGAGCAGGAACAGAAACUGGCCCUGGAGACCACCGUCCUCGUCGAGUCCUAUACGCUGCCUGAUGGGAGGGUGAUUAAAGUGGGAGGGGAGCGGUUUGAGGCUCCAGAGGCACUUUUCCAGCCCCACCUCAUUAACGUGGAGGGUGUGGGCGUGGCCGAGCUCCUCUUCAACACCAUCCAGGCCGCUGACAUCGAUACCAGGGCCGAGUUCUACAAGCACAUCGUGCUUUCGGGCGGUUCCACCAUGUACCCAGGCCUUCCCUCUCGUCUGGAACGCGAACUUAAGCAGCUCUACCUGGAAAGAGUGCUGAAGGGAGACGUCGACAAACUCUCGAAAUUUAAGAUCCGCAUUGAGGACCCUCCGCGCCGUAAGCACAUGGUGUUCCUGGGUGGAGCUGUGUUGGCAGAUAUCAUGAAGGACAAAGACAACUUCUGGAUGACGCGCCAAGAGUACCAGGAGAAAGGCACACGCGUGCUGGAGAAACUGGGAGUGACCGUUAGAUAAAUCAAACAUAUACACACCCACACACACACACACACACACACACAAUCGCACACACUUACAGUCACAAACCUUUACAUGCACACACACACACACACACACAGACACUCUCAUAUCAAAACUCACACAUUAAGUACGCUUCCCUUCACACGUACGCGCGCGCACGCACACACACAUACAGAGGUUCACUUCACAAGCAGGGUGAUGUUUUGAUAGUAUAGACAUGGGAAAAGGUUGUCUCUUGGUAUGAAAUGAUUUGAUUUGGGUGACUUGACUGUUUAGAAGUCUUUACCGCCCCAUGUUUGAGACAUUCCAAAUGUUAAGGGGCACGUUGAAUUUCACAGAUUUGAGAACAUACUUUGAAGGGAGCCAACAUGGUGCUGUUCCUAACCCUUUACUUAUACAGGCCCGUGAGAGCAAAUCACAAGGCUCCAAUCACCAGAAACGAUACUUUACGUCAAGACAACUCUGUGUGUUUAUG